AUGGCAGGUUUAAUUUUGUGGCCCCUCCUUGGGAUAUUAUUUGUAUUCUACCUGUUGCGGAAGAAGACAGAUCCAGCCCUCAAGCGCAUUCCCUACGUCAAGUACAAUGCCUACUUGCCAGAUAUCUUCAACAGGCUCAUCUACUACCCGAAGGCGUCAUCUCUGAUCUACCGAGGGUAUAAAAAGUAUACGGAUAGCCCGUUUCGCAUGCUGACCGGCGACGGGGAAGUGAUUGUCUUACCGGUGAAAUACGUAGAUGAGUUGAAGCAUCUACCUCCUUCGAUUAUUAGCUCGCUAGAUGCGGUGUAUGAGAACGCACUUGGAGACUAUACAAACAUGGUGGCCACCAGCUAUCUGCCCUCAAAAACAGUUAAAAAGCGCCUGACUCCCAGUUUAGACCGAGUCGUCCGCUGGGUCAUCGACGAGCUACGCUAUGCCUUCGACACUGGACUGCCAAAAUGCGAAGGUGAAUGCCCUCAAAGUCCACUGCAUAAACAGCAAACAACUGAACAUUCCCGCCCAACAGAAGACAAAUGGACAGCCAUCAAGCCACAGGAACUAUUCGUGCACUUAAUCUCACGAGCAACCUCACGCGUCAUAGCAGGCGAAUCUCUCCGCCGCAACGAAGAAUGGCUCAACACAGCAAGCAGCUACGCCGUCAAUAUCGGUCUUACCGUAGUCCUCCUUCGACCAUUCCCCAAUUUCCUCCGUCCCUUCGUGGCGCCAUUCCUCCCCUCAGUACGGCAAAUGAAGCAGCAACUACAGUUCGCGAAGGACCUUUUUAGACCGAUGAUUCUCGAACGCCGCGAAGCAGAGGCUGCCAACGAUCCUGGCUACGUCAAGCCUGACGACUUCCUGCAGUGGAUGAUGGACGGUGCGGAAAAUGAGCAGGACUCUGAUCCCGAAGCGUUGGCGCAUCAUAUGAUGCUACUCAUGAGUUUGGCGGUUGUGCAUACGGUUACGGUGUCCAUGUGUUAUUUCCUUUAUGACUUGAUUCAUCGUCCGGAGUAUCUGGACCCUUUGCGCGACGAGAUCACUCGGACGUUGCCUGAUGGGUGGGAAAAUGGAACCAAAAUGUCCUUUGAUGCGCAGCGUCGCAUGGAUAGUUUCUUGCGCGAGUCACAGCGUUUCAGCCCCCCUGGUGAACAUAUGAAACCAGUAUCUUUCCACCGCAUCGUCAAAGAAGAUCUCACAUUACCAGACGGAGUCAUCAUCCCCAAGGGAGCACAUAUCUGCUUCCCCUCCGGCCCAAUGAGUAUGGACCCAUCCUUCAUCGAAAACCCGGAGCCCUUCGACGGUUUCCGCUGGUGUCUGGAUCCAAAUGACCGAAACGCCUAUGACCCAUCUGCCACUGCUACCGUCAACACCAACGAAAAACGAGUUAGCGAAAAACAAUAUAACCCCGCCCUCGUCCCAUCGACAUCAACCAGUUUCGUCAGUACCAGUCCGUCGAAUAUGCACUUUGGGUUCGGGCGCCAGGCGUGUCCCGGACGAUUCUUUGCGGCGUAUACGAUCAAGGCGAUUAUGAGCCGUAUCAUUAUGGAGUAUGACUUCAAAUUUGAGGAUAGUCAGGCUGGACGAAGACCGGUGAAUUGGGUGGUUGGAGAGUAUGUCCUGCCGGAUACGAGUCCGAUUGUGUUGUUGCGGAAGAGGUCGACUGGGCCGUGA